GGCAGCCCAGGAAGGCAGAGAACAGGAGGGUAUGGGCAGGUGUAGCCCAUUGUGGGAGGAGUCGGAAAUGGCGUUUCCAGGAGGUUCCAGGCUGGGAUUUAAACUAAAAGGCGGGCCACCAGGUGGGUUGGGAGACAAUGCACAGCCCCUGCGGGUCAAUACGGGGUGAAAGGACUAUUGCUGGCCAGCCAUGAGGAGGUGCCACGUGGUUUUGUAUUAACUGGAGACCGUGAUCGCGGCGACACAGCUGGUGGUGCCGGGAACCACGGGAGACCUGCCAGCCCAGCACGGACGACUGGGAGGAACCGGGAGGAGUGAGCUGCAGACUUGAGCUUUUUUUCCUUCUGGAAGGUGGUGCUUCUGACUGGCCCGCUCUGGGACUGGCCCGACUGGGCAGGGGGGGGAGGGCAGGACUAUGUGUGUGGGUGUAUCUCCGUUCCUACAGGGAGUGAGAUUUAAGGGCAGAAUCCCACCAUUAUUCUAAACCUGUGUAACUUUAACUAAACAGUUCCUUUCCUUUUGACCAACUCUGGCAUUGGGAGUCCCUGUUCCUCCCAGCGGGCAGGGCAAGGAAGAGCCAUAGAACAAAAGACCCCGGUCGGGGGUUGUUUCUGUAACAGUAUCUGGCUCUUAACGUGGGGCUGGUAGUUGCUUGUAGCAGACUGACCCCCUCAGGUGUGGGAGAGACUGGAUUUCCCCAGUCUCUGAGAAUUUCUCUGCACCCCUUGUGGGGGCAUCGGCCGCCUACUCACACCUGGAAAGGUGAAAAGGAAACGGAACGGGGAAGGGAGCAGAGAAGUGAAAUUGUUUGGUUGAAAAUUUCUGAGCACUGUUUUGCAACAAUGGAAUUGGAGUUGUGGGCAGUAGCUUGGGGUGUAUGCGGCUUUUACUGCGUGGUAUGUGUUUUCCUUAUGUGUUUGUGCAUGUUCUGCCGGGUCAAUAAGAGCAGCUCUGAGCUGGCCGCUAAGUGGAGCCCGCUGGGUAGAAUUCUAGGGGACUGGGAGACUUACCGCUGUAAGUCGACGUCUAAGAAUCCCCUGUCUAAGCGGGUACUGAUUUAUUACUGUAACACAGUUUGGCCUACGUAUGUUUUGAGUGGCGGCAAAAGGUGGCCUGUGGGCGGUUCCCUGAGCCACUGCAUCAUUAGGCAGUUGAAACAGCAUUGCAGACAGUGGGAACGUUGGGAGGAACUCCCCUACCUGGACAUGUUCAUCUCACUGUGUAACAGCGUUUUGCCGGAGGCUGAGAGUCCUGUGAUGGUGCAGGAAGUUAAGGUGGUCCCCAAACCUCUCCCUGGUAGUAGAACACAGAAGGAAAGGGGUGAUGAGAGGAUGAAGCCCGGUAAUGCUCAGGGUAAUGCUCAGAACCCGGGGGACAGAGCCUUGCAGGUGGGAGGGGUCUCUACCAGGGCACCCUCCUCUUUGCAGGUGGGAGGGGCCUCCUCAGUACCACCUCCCCUGGGAACUGCCCCUGAGGUGGGGGCUGCAAAGCCAACUGUUCCUCCUUCUCCCGCUGAAGAGUGUGUCUUAGCCCCGCAAACUGGUCAGGCCACCCCCUGCAACCAGGAGGCCCCCGAAGAGUGUGUCUUAGCCCCGCAAACUGGUCAGGCCACCCCCUGCAACCAGGAGGCCCCCGAAGAGUGUGUCUUAGCCCCGCAAACUGGUCAGGCCACCCCCUGCAACCAGGAGGCCCCCGAAGAGUGUGUCUUAGCCCCGCAAACUGGUCAGGCCACCCCCUGCAACCAGGAGGCCCCCGACGCUGUAGCGAGCCAAGGCCCUCUGAGGCCAUAUCGCGUGUAUUCCACUGGCUGCUACUGGGCCCACACCCCAUUCACCACUUCGGACCUGCUGAGGUGGAGGUGCUGCAACCCCUCCUACAGGGAUGAUCCCCAGAAAACAGUAGAUUUUGUCGCCUCCAUUUUUGCCACUCACCGCCCAAACUGGGCCGACGUGCGGGCGCUCCUGUACAUUUUGCUAACGGCAGACGAGAGACUGCUGGUUCUAAGGGAGGCUAAGCGGGAGGCCCAGCGCCUCCAGGAAGAGGAUCCCCAGGGGACCCCUGACCCCGCUGGGGCGAUUCCGUGGGUGGACCCCAACUGGGACCCGAACAGCAGAGGCGGCCUGGCCUCUCUGAAACACUACAGAAGGUGCAUACUGGAAGGGCUCAGGAGAGGAGCGCCCAGGCGGAGGGGCCUGCACUUGAUACAGUCCCUCCGGCAGAAGCCUGGUGAGGAUCCUUCCGAGUUUCUGGAGAGGAUCUAUGGGGCGUACAGGAGACACAGUGAUGUGGACCCAGAGGCUCCAGAAAAUGCGAGGAUGGUAAACAUGACUUUUAUUGGACAGAGUGCUCCCGAUAUCAGGAACAAACUCCAGCGUGUCGAUGGGGUACUGGGAAUGAGCCCCUCGCAGCUGGUGGACAUAGCGUUUAAAGUCUACAAUGCCCGGGAAGCAAGGAAGGCAAAACUGGCCUCGGUGUUUUUAAAAAUAGCCCUGGGAGAACAAAAGAAGAGGCAGAACCCUAGAGCAAAGAAAGGGGGCUCACUGGGUGCCCGCUACUAUGCUGGUGGCGAGAGGGGCCCUGAGGACAGGAGGAGAGGCCCAGUAGGCUUCCAUCAGUGCGCCUAUUGCAGGGAGGAGGGCCACUGGAGGGAGCAGUGCCCGCGUCGCAACAGGGGAACCAGGAGUGAGGAUCCCGGCCGAGCGACGGGAAAGCGGAGAAGGCAGGCUGAUCGGGAAUGAGGAGGCCUUGGGGCUCCUUUGGACGUCUCCCGACCCAUCACCAUUUCCCCACGGGAGCCCCGGGACAGGAGACUGGGCAACGAGCCCACCGAUUUCUUUGUAAAUAUGGAGAUACAGACUUGGUGUUGAAAACUGGGGAAAGUCCGAAUGAAGUCACGGUUACUGGAGUGACUGGCCAGGUACAAAAACACAUUCCUGCAGCCUCUGGAAUGCCGGCAUGGGGGUCAAAACGUGCGGGGAGUUUUCUCUACACGCCAGAUCGCCCUUGGCCAUCGCUGGGCCGGGAUGUACUUUGUAAACGGCACGCCGGAAUGACCUUUUCCCCGAGAGACAGCAGCUGUGCACCCAGUCCCCUCAAUAUGCCUUCCGGCUGCAGGUGUCCCCGACCUGUCCCCGAGGCUCUGGAGGGAACCCUUCCCCCCUGAGAUCUGAGAACUGUGUGUGCUGACGGAACUCCAGGAGAAGCAGUUAACCUGCAAAACCAUGAAGAUAAAUCUAAAAGCAGCAGUAUCCCUUCAAGAAGGAGGAUUUAGAGGGGUCCAGCCAGUGCUGCGAAGGUCUUUAAAGUCAAGGUUACAUCGGCCCUGUCAGUCACCCCUCUGUACUCCCAUGCGGCCAGUCACAAAGCUGCGCUUUGGUGAGCAUCAGUUCGCACAGGGCCUCGGGGCCGUCGGUGACCUUGUCCAGGACGUUCACCCAAGGUGUCCAGUCUGUACGCCCUGCUGGCCAUGUGCCGGGGGACAGCAAACGGUUUUCAGUCCUGGACUCGAAGGGUGCGUUUUCCUUCUUCCUGAGAGAUGAGCGGGCUCAGCAACUGUUCACCUUGAUUGGCAGGACCCAGAGACUAAAGCCACAUUCCAGGGCUGCUGGGCCUCACGGCCACAGCAUUUGGGGACACCGCCCACCCCGAGUAUGUUCGUUCGGGGAAGGGCCGGCAGGAUGUUCAGCUGAGGCGGGAGUGCCUUUGCAGCCGUGGGUGACCUGUCAACAGCCAGCAGCAACUAUGAGAAUUGUGUGCAUGACACCACCACAGCCCUAAGUCAUUUGGCAAAAGGGGGACAUAGAGUGUUACCUCAGAAGGCCCAGAUUUGCCAACGGGAAGUGGUGUAUCUGGAAUUUCAAGUGAGAUGGUCCGAGGAGCUUGAUGGCAGAUAGAAAGUGAGCCGUGACCCACUAGAAACCACAGACAAUCAAAGGCAGCUCCGCGGGGUCCAAGGAAUUAGAGGGCUUUGUCAAACUUGGAUUCUAAACUUUGGACUCAAGGCAAAGCCACUGUACAGUUCCCUAAAGGGACUGGACUCUGCCCCUCGAAUGGACAGGGGACUGUCAGGUGGCAUUUGAUACUCUGAAGGAGAAUCUGGCUUUGGCCGCUGUGCUAGGACUGCCGGACUUAUAGAAGCCUUUCAAAUUGUAUGCCCAUGAAAGGCAGUGGACUGGACUGGGGGUGCUCACCCAGACCCUGGGAAAUAUUCCCGACCCACAGCCUAUCUCUCAGGGAAGCUGGAUCAUACAACAAAAGGGUGGCCACCGUGCCUCUGGGCGGUGGGAGCCGCCUGUGACAUCUUACUAGAGGCUGAGAAGUUUGGCUUGGGGCAGCCCACGACGGUGUUGGUGCCGCAUCAGGUUCCGACUCAUGGAACAGAGAGGGGGAUGUUGGCUGGCGGCAGGGCACGUGCGGAAUAGCAGGCCAUUCUGCCGGACAACCCGAAUGUCACCCUACAGACUGCCACAGCCCUGAAGCCAGCCACCCUGCUCCUGAGGUGGAGGGGGGCUCAGCGCUCAAGCGUGAGUGCUUGGAAACUAUGGGCCAAGUUCAUUCUAACAGCCCGGCCCGGCUGCCAGCAGCACCAGAUGGGAGCAGCUUCGUGUGGACAAUGGGCAGUGACAAGCUGGCUGUGCGGGAGUCACCACAGACGAGGUCACAGAAACCCAAGCCCUUGCACGGGGAACCUCCGCGCAAAAGGCCGAGCUGGGCCUCCCUGCGGAAGGAGGUUAACGUCUACGCAGACUCCAAGUACGCCCUCGUGGGCGUCCACGCCCUUGGAGCAGCGUGCAGGGAGAGAGGACGCAAGCAUGCAGAGGAGGUUUGACAACUGCUGGAGGCAGUGCUUGUACCAGACCGACCGCUGCCACCAUGCGCUGCCCAGGCAGGACGCGAGAGGGGUGCCUCCGGAACCAAUCAGGGCGGCCAAACUGCUGAUAAAGCAGCAAGACGGGGAGCCGCCACGCCACGCCUAGAGGCUGCGCUCCCCCAUCUGGACUCGUCAGGGUUCACGCCUCAUUACAUGGAAGGGGAUUCACUGCACAGACCCGAGUUCCACGUGAAGGUCAGCGCCCUGGUGUGGCCUUACUCCCUGCAGCUCUGGUGUAGGGCGUCCUCCAGCUCCUGCGUGAGGGAGGCUUUGAUGGACGUCAUUGGGCCACAUUUGAAAGGAAGGCCCUUACGGGCAAAGGGCUGUUGAGGAUCAGCCAGUCUGUCAGAUGCGUGCAGAGAAGGGCGCGCGACGUGAAGGGGAUGUGUCUGUUCGAGGACGACUGGCAGGUGGACUUCACACGGAUGCUGACACCAAGGGGGACUUCGGCUUCUUGCUGGUCUCCAGGGACACGUUUUUCCGGACGGGUAGAGGCGUACCCCACUAGAACUGAGAAGGCAACUGAGGUGGGGACACUGUUGCCUAAAGAAAUAAGUCCCUGGUUUGGGCUCCCCCAGAGCACCCGGAGUGACAGCGGACCAUCGUUUGCUUCGGAGAGCUCCCGGAAGGUUGGACCGGCAUGUCGAGUACUAUGGCAACUGUGUGCAUCCUGGAGACCUGAAGCCAUGGGAAAGACUGAGAAAAUGAAUCACCGUAAAGAAGACCCCGGCGGAAAUCUGCCAGGAAGCACAUUUAGAAUCGGACCGGGCACCCCCUGCUGCCCUGCUCCGAAUCAGGGUGGCACCCAGAAGUGGGCUCGGAUUGAGUCCUUUUGAGUUUGCUCAUCGCAGGUCUGUCUACCCUCCGAUGAGGCCCCUGCACCUGUCCCGGCCGAGUCUCACUGAAGGCCCUGAACAGCAGCUGCAGAACAAGGGACUGGUCCCUACGACGUCCUCUCGACAGCACGUUCUUCCCUGAAGCUGACGGGAGUCCCGCCCUGGAUUCACCACAUGGGGUCUAUGCCUGUGGCCUCACUACCUGAGCGAUUGGGUGCAAUACAGGCCUCACUUCAGGAGCCCAUCUUCGUCAUCGCCCCCGAGACUGAACGGUUUGGCUGAACUAAGUGCUUGGGUUGGUGAAGGGUUCGGCCAGUCUGUGGGCUUCACUUUUUCCUUUUCUGUCUUGAUGGCUCGGACAGAAAGGGCCCCGAAAUCUGAAAGGGGAGAAAUCCUAAAGUGGCCCCUCAGCCGGAGCAGUGGGCACAGGGCUUCGGACGGGUGCAGCUUGCCUCGCACGCCUUGCUGCAGAGAAGCCGUCCUCUUCCUGAUGUGGGACAUUGAAGAAUUGGCCCCUGCCUUUGUCAUUUAGUGCCUACGGUUUAAUUGUGCCUUCUAACCCUGUUGCUAAAUCUGUCGCCUCCAGAAUCCGACAAGGAUGCCAACUGUCCAGUAAUGCCAGCCUUCGGAUACUGAGCCCGCCGCUCCCCACAGCCCACUGACCAGGCUCUGCAAGGUCCUUCCCCUCAUGGGAAGUCCACAGUCUAUGCCACUCCCCCCCUCCCCUGACUCUUUCAGGGAAACCCAGACCCAAGGGUAGGGAGGACAGCAGCCACGUCCAGCUGGAAGUAGCUACAAGAAGAUGAGACCUUCACCCAUUGUCCUUUUGUAAGAUAUGAAGGGUUUUAUCUGAAAUGGGGGACUGUAACUGGUGUGGAACCAGGUGCAGAGCGGGGUCUGGGCCCAGAGGCUGAGAAGCCUGGCCCGGGCGCUGGGAAGUAGCACAGGGAGGGAAUGGCAAUGGCAUUGGCAAUGGCAGACUAGCUUCUAGCUUCGUUGUCUGCCUGGGCCAGGGAGAGGGGUGUGACUUUGACCCGUGUUGUAGCUGGAAGGCAGCUCCCCCUGGUUAUGGCGCCUGCCUGGACUCACGAUGGCAGCUCAGGAAGGCAGAGAACAGGAGGGUAUGGGCAGGUGUAGCCCAUUGUGGGAGGAGUCGGAAAUGGCGUUUCCAGGAGGUUCCAGGCUGGGAUUUAAACUAAAAGGCGGGCCACCAGGUGGGUUGGGAGACAAUGCACAGCCCCUGCGGGUCAAUACUGGGUGAAAGGACUAUUGCCGGCCGGCCACGAGGAGGUGCCAUGUGGUUUUGUAUUAACUGGAGACCGUGAUCGCGGCGACACAGCUGGUGGUGCCGGGAACCACGGGGGACCUGCCAUCCCAGCCCAGCACGGACGACUGGGAGGAACCAGGAGGAGUGAGCUGCAGACUUGAGCUUUUUUUCCUUCUGGAAGGUGGUGCUUCUGACUGGCCCGCUCUGGGACUGGCCGGACUGGGCAGGGGGGGGAGGGCAGGACUGUGUGUGUGGGUGUAUCUCCGUUCCUACAGGGAGUGAGAUUUAAGGGCACAAUCCCACCAUUGUUCUAAACCUGUGUAACUUUAACUAAACAGUUCCUUUCCUUUUGACCAA